AUGAGGCUGAUUAACCACGGUGGUGAUUCAACCCAGAGGUUUGGUAUUGAUGGACACAAGUUAAUGGUCAUCGCCAAUGAUUUUGUCCAGGUUAAGCCAUACCAGACUGAUUUCGUUACAGUCGCUGUCGGCCAGCGCACUGAUGUUGUCUUCGAGGCGACAGGAAAUCCUGGCGAAAUGUUCUGGAUGCGAGCUCAAGUCGUAUUUUGUCCUCCAAGCCUCACGAAACAGGUGGAAAUGUUAGGGGCCUUGAAUUACGACGGAGCCGAUACAAAUGCUCAACCGACGACGAGCCAAACGGCGGACGCGAAUUUGACCAACUGUCAGAACGACGACCUGAAGAUCACCAAGCCGUAUUAUCACAUGCCACUCGAGGAGCCCGAUACCAAAAUCGAGUUCUUCACCUUCUUCACAAUCAACGAGAAGCUGGAGUACCGAUUCACGAUGAACACUCAACUCGAAAAUGUCGUGCAGAUCGGCCGGCACUUCUACCAAGGCAACUACAGCAGCCCGAUCCUCCGCGACGCGCAGCCAGGAGGCGCGGCGCAGAGAUUCGGCCAAAAGAGCCGCGUGUACGAUUUUGGCACCAACAAGACUGUCCGCGUCGUAGUGAACAACCCUUUCAUAAUCCAGAACAUGCACCCUAUGCACCUGCACGGCCACGACAUCCAGCUGCUCGCCACGGGGGACGGCCCAUGGGACGGCAAGACGCUGGAGACAGAGAACCCCAUCCGCAGGGACACGGUGAUGAUGCCGCUCAACGGGCACAUCGUGUUUCAGUACACCUUAGACAACCCUGGCAUCUGGUCGCUGCACUGUCACAUCCCGUGGCACCUGGCCGACGGCCUCUUGGUCAACUGUAUGGAGCGGCCGGAUGAAAUCAAGGCGCAGUAUGCACAGAUACCCCAGAUUAUGCAGGAAACUUGCGACUCAUGGAAUUCUCAGCGGCCAAGUUUGAGUGUGCCGGAUGAGAACUGA